AGCCGAUUGCACCCACCAGCGUCCCACAAACAGUGUCCUCGUGGGUCCAUUGACCAGAAGAAGGGAUUCUUACCCCCGGAAACCAAUCCACCGAUCGCCUGACUAACAGGCGGGUCCCCACCGGAGGCUGCUGAUGGCUGUCGGAGAGCCCCUAUCUCUCUGUCACCGCCUGUGCUACGCUGUGGGACAUUUCCUCAAUGACCUCUGUGCCUCGCUGUGGUUUACCUACCUGCUGCUCUACAUUCACGCCGUCCUGGGCUUCAGCUCAGCAGGGGCUGGGGCGCUGCUGCUGGUAGGACAGCUGGCCGAUGCCCUCUCUACCCCCAUCAUUGGCCUUGAGGCCGAUCACGGCCCUGCCUGUGGGUGCUGCGGGCGGAGGAAAACCUGGCAUCUUGUGGGCACUGUUUGUGUGGCGCUGUCCUUUCCGUUCAUCUUUAACCCCGCGCUGGGCAGGACCCCAGCCACUCCCGAGUGGGCCCAACUGGUCUAUUUCCUCCCUUUCGUGGUGAUAUUCCAGUUUGGCUGGGCGGCCACACAGAUCUCGCACCUCUCCCUCAUCCCCGAGCUGGCCAGCUCCCAGCAAGAGAAGGUGGAGCUCACCGCAUUCAGAUACGCUUUCACGGUUGUGGCCAACAUCACGGUGUUUGCUGUGGCCUGGCUCCUCUUCCAUUUCCAGGGCCUCGACCCAGCCUCAGCCUCCAGCCUCGGGGAGCAGGACAUCCCCCUCUUCAGGAGCCUUGCCCUGAUUGUGGUUGGGAUCGGCACUUUAUUUUCCAUAAUAUUCCACGUGGGGACGCGUGAGCCGGAGCGUGUGGGGCAGAGGCUGGAGGCCGGGAACGAGGACCAGGAACCACUGGUGGAGCGAGUUGGGGGCCCAGAGCAGCGACUGGAUUGGAAACACUGGCUGCAGGAACUGUCCUUCUACCAUGUUGCCUGUUUGUACAUGUGCACCAGACUGAUCGUCAACCUCUCUCAGACCUACAUCGUCAUGUAUAUCACCUACACCCUGAACCUGCCCAAGAACUACGUAGCCAUUGUGCCCCUGGUGAUGUACGUCAGUGGUUUUCUCUCCUCGUUCUGUAUGAAGCCGGUGAACCAAUGGGUCGGCAGGAACAUGACCUACUUCCUGGGGCUGGUGCUGAUCCUGGCAUUUGCCUAUUGGGUUUGUUUUUUCCGGAUCGAGAAGGACAUAUUCGGAGCUGCGGUGCUGCUGGGCUCCGGCUCGGCCACCAUCCUGGUCACCUCCCUCUCCAUGACCGCUGACCUGAUAGGCGACAACACGCAAAGUGCCGCCUUCGUCUAUGGGGCCAUGAGCUUCACCGAUAAAUUGGCGAAUGGGCUGGGAGUGAUCACCAUCCAGAACCUUCACCCCUGCAGGAGCCAGAUAUGCUGCCCGCAAUGUGGCCCAUUUUACCAUGUUGCUAUGGUAACGGUGACGGGGGGUGUGGCCAUAGUGGCCCUCGUGGCAUUGGGAGCCACUCUCAUUUGGCCAAUCAAGAUCCGUAGAGGUCGGAAUUUAUCGGAAGUGAGUGACGCUGACUGUCCGACCGGAUCCGGUAGCUACAAUGUCAUCAACUGAGUGGAGCGUGGGGAGAGAGCAGGGGGUGGAGGGGCCUCGCUCAGCGACACCGGCCUCAGGCCUGUGAUUAACUCAACAACAACAACAACAACAACAACUUGCUCUUAUAUGUAGCGCCGUCACAUAGUGCCCAGAGUCUCAGUGCCUGAAGGCUCCUCACGACUGAUGUCAGUCACUAACCCAAUCCUGCACUUACCAUCACUGGCCGCGCUCUCACCCAGGCUCGGGUCGAUGGCUCAGCACCAGGUGGGGGGGGGUCUCCACUGGGUGAUUGGGAAAUGAAUUAGAAAGGGUAAUGUACAAAAGGGAAUGAAAUGUGUUGCUGGCCUCUCACAGAGGCCUCACCUCUCGCUGUCGUCACUUACUGUGCCCACUUCCCACAGAAGCCGCUAAUUGUUUUCGGCCAUUGUUGGUCGCGUAUUAACUCCCAGGGGCGAGCGUGGGUAAGGGGGCGGUUCUCACCGUGUCCUGAUUUGCUCUCCGCGGUGGGGAGAAGUUGGGUCGCUCACGCUGAUAUUACUGUGAUUAUAAAAACACACAAAAAUAACGCCACAUGACAGUACUGAUGACACUUUAUAAAAUGUAUAUACCAGAAAAAUACUAAUUAUAGAUUUAAUAAAGCCUUUAACGUUGCACUUUUUUCCUAGUGAGGUUGGGUUUGGAGGAUGAUUGAGCUGAUCAUUGCUCCCACUUCGUGUGAGAUUAUGAAUAUAUUUGUAUCGAGGGAGAGAGAAAAUGUUCUGUUUUCUGAAUAAAAUAUGGGGUUACAGUAAAGCACUCAUACAGGGGACCAUACAUUUAAAUAUGAUUUAUGCAAAGUAUGAGCUAUGUCAAAUUGGUGUAGAAUAUAAACUUUUGAACGUA